AUGUCUGCAGCGCCAGCACCUCCAUCCACCACGCAACCUACACCGCAACAACAACAACAGCAACAACAACAACAACAACAACAACAACCACCGACACCCCAACAACUACAUCAGCAGCAACAGCAGCAGCAGCCCGUAGUUGUCCAGAAGCUAACGGCUGUCAACGAGCAGGCAUGGCUUACAUUGGGUGCCUUGGCGGAGUUGAUGUCAGACUGGGAGCGUGCCAUGGGCUGUUACGAAUAUGCUCUGCGACACAAUCCCUACUCCAUCAAUGCCCUUUCCCACAUUGCAUCUCUUUGCAGAGGCCGUGAACAGUUUGGCAAGGCUGUAGAUUACUUUAAGCGCAUACUGGCGAUUCAGGAAAAUAAUGGCGAAACGUGGAGUGCAUUGGGCCAUUGUUAUCUGAUGAUGGACAAUUUACAAGAUGCAUAUCAUGCAUAUCAGCAGGCGCUUUAUCAUCUGCCCAAUCCAAAGGAUCCAAAACUUUGGUACGGCAUCGGCAUUCUGUAUGAUCGCUAUGGCUCCAUUGAACAUGCAGAAGAGGCGUUCUCGGCAGUGAUGAAAAUGGACCCGCAUUUUGAAAAGGCAAACGAAAUCUAUUUCCGUUUGGGCAUCAUUUACAAGCAGCAGCAGAAAUACGAUCUCAGUUUGCAGUACGAAAACGCAAAGGAAGCCUAUGAACGUGUCCUGAGUGAAAAUCCCGACCAUGCCAAAGUACUGCAGCAACUGGGCUGGCUGUACCACCAACAGAACACGUCCUUCUCCAACCAAAGCAUGGCCGUCAACUACCUGACGCGCUCGCUCAAGGCCGACAGCAACGACGCCCAGUCCUGGUACCUGCUAGGUCGCUGCUACAUGGCCGAACAAAACUACAACAAGGCCUACGAAGCGUAUCAGCAGGCGGUCUAUCGCGAUGCACGCAACCCGACCUUCUGGUGCUCGAUCGGUGUCCUGUACUACCAAAUCAACCAGUACCGCGACGCAUUGGAUGCGUACAGCCGCGCCAUCCGUCUGAACCCUUACAUCAGCGAAGUGUGGUACGAUCUCGGCACUCUCUACGAGUCCUGCAACAACCAGAUCCAGGAUGCAUUGGACGCGUAUCAGCGUGCCAGUGAGCUGGAUCCAAACAACCCUCAUAUUCGUCAGCGACUGGAGCUGUUGCGCAAGACACAUGGUCUACCAAGCUCGAACGGCACUAGCAAUGGCAACGGAGGCUCAGCACAAGCAGCAGCAGCAGCAGCAGGCAACGGCAAUGCCAAUGGAGCAUCUGUUACAACCCCUGUGCCUCAGGAUGUGAACAACCCUUACCAAUAUUCCCAAAAUGGCCCGCACCAUCAUCCUCCUCCUCCUCCGUCUCCAUCCCAAUCUGCCCAAUACCCUCCACCGCCACCUUUGGAUCAAUGGCCUCCUCCACGGGAUCUACCAAUGCCAAACGAGCGUGCACGAUCGCCUGUGCCGCAUGGAUCACACGGACGCGGUGAAGAAGUACGGAUUCCCGACAUUGGGGGACUGGGACGGGCACCAACGCCUGGUGAGCGAGUGCAAAUGAACCCGCCGAUUUUAGAUCGACCUGCACUCCCGCCACCGCCCUAUGCCUCGCGCCCAUCGAAACCACCAGCAGCACCACACGAUGCUUCU